AUGAAACCUUGGGACAAAGAUGAUUAUGCAGAGUUUAAGGGAAUGCACACCGUUGUUACCAUGGUAAAGAAGGACGCUCGAGGAAAAGAUAUUAAAGAAAAGGAAAUACUGCAAGGCUCUGUUGGAAAAAUAUUUUCAGCAAAAGUAGACGGAAAGUUUCCAUCUCGAAUCAUUAUUUCGGCACCAGCUGGACGAGGAAAGACGACAGCUGUAGCUAAGAUGGCAUACGACUGGGUUCACAGCGAGGAAGGGUCAGGAUUAGAAGACUUGCCACUUUUGUUUGUUGUAAAGUUUCGAAACACAAGCCACAGUACGUCGAUUGGAGAAGCUAUCAUAUCACAACUCCUGAGUGAUGUUGAUGAUCUGACGCCAGAGGGGCUAGAAAGUUUCAUAAGACAACAUCAGGGAAUCUGUCAUAUUGUACUAGAUGGGCUUGAUGAGUAUGCUGGUAUCUCUUCCUCAAGCAAUAUCAUGAGCAUUCUCAGAUGGGAAAUGUUUCAACAAUGUCGAGUUCUUGUAACAACACGACCUCACCUAGAAGACAUUUUAAGUCAAGGGGUUCUACCAAGGGUGUACACAAAGAUGGAGAUCGAAGGGUUCUCGCGAGAGAACGCACGCGAUUACAUUGACAGGUUCUUUACUUCUGUUCAGAAACCUAUGAAAGCGGAUGGUCUGAAAGUUUACCUCGAUGAACAACCCCUUAUUGAGGAACUCGUAAAAACUCCGCUAUUUUGCCUCAUUGUCUGUCACUUGUGGUCUGAAGAACUACUUCAGCGUGACACUACAACUCAAACAGCAUUACUCGACCAAGUUAACGUAUUUUUAAUGCUCCACGCAAAUGCCCGGACACCUGGCUUAAUAAAAACUCCCAAACAACUAAACAAAAUAAUACUGAAACUGGGAGAAAUUGCUCUCACUGGUCUGAUCAAUGAUGCUAAGAAGUUAGUUUUCUCGUCUUGUGAUUUUCAGAGAGUUCCCUCUAUUCUUGAUAUGGCAUGCGCCCUAGGAAUAGUCUCAAAGACUGUUGUUUCAACCAGACGCCUUCCACAACUUGACAAAGCAUUUUCGACUUCCAUAACUAGUAUUGAGUUUUAUCACAAACUUGCUCAAGAACAUGCAGCAGGAAAGUAUCUUGCCGAUGAAACAAACCGCUUUCUUUUGUUGUUGAAGUCCAGUAAGUUAGACCGAGUACUGCGUGAUAUAAAAACCAGCAUUGGAGAAUAUGAAAAUCUUAUUCGAUUUGCUUCUGGUACGAAGAACAAUCUCUGCAUUAGAAUAAUGGAGAAGGUCCUUACAAAUAGUUAUUUAUCUGAGAGUGAGCGAUAUCGUAUUCUCCUAGAUUGUUCAUCAGAGUCUGGGGUCAACGAUGGGAAUGUGUCAUCAUUGGUACGAAGAUGUGUGACGUCACGAUGUAUGAUCUUAAAGUCACCAACAGUGUAUACUAUCGUUGGGAUGCGAAAUCUUCCACGUGAGCUGAAACAGAAGGUUGUGAGUGUACAAUUCGAGCAGUCUAUCAUGGCAACCGCUGUGACAGUUGGACUAUGGGCCUGCCUUAAAUCAUUCCCGAUGCUAAAUUCUCUCACCAUCUCAGACUCAUCUAUCGAUUUCCCUCCAUCUCCUCCUGAGCUACCAUCCAUCACAAAGCUAUCAACUGAUGGAGUGACGUCACAAUUCUAUGAAGGUCUGAUCUCAUCACUCCCUGCUUUGGUAUAUAUUAAAAUCACUAUCGAUGAUGCAGAGGGAGACAUAGCCUUUAUCACGGCUGGUCUUCGUCGGACUGGAGGACAAAAUCUCAAACACAUUAUCCUUCGCAAUCUGGACUCACUUCCAUUAGAACAGUGUCGCGUAUCUCGAGAGACCUUGAGAGGACUGAGUCUGCUCAUUAAGAAACAUACAAAGAACCUACAGUGGCUCUAUCUGGACAGGGUGAAGUGUACAGACGAGGAUGACUUGGUUUAUCUCAUUGAGUGCUGCAGACAUGUGAAGACGAUGGAAUGCGUAAAGCUCCGGCACUGUGGGACGAUGUCGAAUGGGAGGGUGGAUUCUCACCUCCUGCGCCUUCACACUGAAUCACCCAACAAUCUCUACGUGUAUGUUUCCCAUGAUCAUACUCCAAUGACAAUGAAGAAGUGA